AUGACCAAAGAAAAACGUUUCCUGUGUAACGUGUGCUGCAAACAGUUCCAGCACAAAGGAAAUCUAAACUCUCACAUGAGGUCGCACACUGGGGAACGUCCUUACAGUUGCGAUGUUUGCGAGAAAAGGUUCUCAACUUCUGGAAUACUCAAAACACACAUGAGGACACACACCGGGGAGAAACCUUAUCUCUGCGAUACUUGCGGCAAACGCUUCUCUCACAUCGGCAUUCUUAAGAAUCACAUGCUGACACACUCUGGUGAGCGACCACACAGAUGCCCGAUACCAGACUGCGGUAAAGACUACAGCCGGGCUGCUAACCUCAAAAUCCACAUGAGAUCACACACAGGUGAACGUCCAUUCCGAUGUGAAUACCCGAAGUGUGACUGGACUUUCGUAUCGAAUGCUGAUCUGAAAGUGCACAUGAGAACACAUUCAGGAGCUAAAUCCUUCACCUGUAACGUGGAGAACUGCAAGAAAGAGUUCCUUUACAACCAGGACCUCAAAAACCAUAUCCUCUCGCACAAAGAAAUCAAUAUGUAA